GUGAGAGACUGUGCACUGUAAAAACAUUUAUACUCUCAUAACAGUGCGCGCACCCUCCCUUCGCUCUGUCCCUCUUGACUUGGUGACAGACCUAAAAGCCUUUUGUUGCAAUCUUAGCCAAUGGAGACGGAUUACGACACCGGGCAGCUGAGAUAUAUAAAGAGCCCCUUUUUGACCGCACUUGCACAUUUUUCAGUGACACUUCUGAACAUUCACACACCUCCAUGGACUAAAUUGUAGAGAAGACCCCAAAACAGCCAUUAUACCACACGUGAGCGGGCUAUGCAUUCACCAGGCAGAUAAUUUGUUAACUUUCAAUCAAAACAGCUUCAACCGAGACACACUGGAACGCACUUUUUUUGGGAAAACUUAUUGCCAAAUCUCUUGCCGUUGUUGUUGUUGUUGUUGUUGUUGCUGCUGCUGCUACUGCUGCUGCUUCAGAAUAACAAAACAAAACGCAACUUUGGGUGAUCGUAUUGGAUUAGAUGCAUGUCACUGAUUCCCUGCCUCUUGUAGGCUGAAAGGCAAGGAGCGGCGCAGAUCCGAGAGAGGGGAUAUAACGGAAUAAAGCAAGGGAAAAGGCAAGAAAAGACAGAAAAAGUUGCUUUUCCUGGUGUCCGCGCAUCGUCAUGCCGAGGUACAACUUCUUACUGUGCUUGAUGGUUCUCAUCUCCCUGGGACUGUCGGGGAGCGAUGAGCCCAAUCUGCUGCUGCCUCCUGCCAGCGAGACGCCCACGGAUGCCGGGCUGUCCCUGCUGGACGAGGACGCCGGUUCCCACGAGUGCUCCGCGUGUGUUUGGAGGGAGCAAAGUAAAGUGUUGAGACUGGAAACCAUCAAGUCCCAAAUCCUUAGCAAGCUGCGUCUGAAGCAGGCGCCCAACAUCAGCCGGGAGGUGGUCAAUCAGCUGCUCCCCAAGGCGCCACCGCUCCAGCAGCUCCUGGACCAUCACGACUUCCAGGGGGACGCGUCGUCGCAGGAUGAGUUUAUGGAGGAGGAUGAGUACCAUGCCACCACGGAGUCCGUGAUCACUAUGGCCUCUGAGCCGGAGCCCCUGGUGCAGGUGAACGGGAAGCCCAGCUGCUGCUUCUUCAAGUUCAGCCCCAAACUGAUGUUCACCAAGGUGCUGAAGGCGCAGCUUUGGGUGUACCUGCGACCACUGCAGCAGACCUCCACCGUGUACCUGCAGAUCCUGCGACUGAAGCCCGUCACGGAGCAGGGCAGCCGCCACAUCCGCAUCCGCUCGCUGAAGAUAGAGCUCAACUCCAGGGUGGGCCACUGGCAAAGUAUUGACUUUAAGCACGUGUUGCAGAACUGGUUCAAGCAGCCGCACACCAACUGGGGAAUCGACAUCAACGCCUUCGAUGAGAGCGGCAAUGACCUGGCAGUUACCUCGCUGCGACCCGGAGAGGAGGGGCUGCAGCCGUUCCUGGAAGUGAAGGUUCUGGAGACCACCAAACGUUCUCGAAGAAACCUCGGCCUGGACUGUGACGAACACUCUACCGAGUCUCGCUGCUGUCGCUACCCUCUGACUGUUGACUUCGAGGCGUUCGGCUGGGACUGGAUCAUUGCCCCCAAACGCUACAAAGCCAACUACUGUUCUGGCCAGUGCGAGUACAUGUUCAUGCAGAAAUACCCGCACACCCACUUGGUGCAGCACGCCAACCCCCGAGGCUCGGCAGGGCCCUGCUGUACCCCGACCAAGAUGUCCCCCAUUAACAUGCUCUACUUCAAUGACAAGCAGCAGAUUAUUCAUGGCAAGAUCCCCGGGAUGGUGGUGGAUCGAUGUGGCUGCUCUUAGGCUGCAGUAGGAGACAAAUACCUGUACAGCCCACAUCAAACCACCCAAAACCCUUACGGCGCUCUCCCCUGGCCCCAGAACCCACUCCUCAGCACCAGAUUUCACUUUUGCUCAAAUGACACAAAGCAUCCCACUGUGUUUCCAUUUUUCCAGUAACUAAAUUGAUUCUAACUGUAUAAAAAAGUUAUGAAUGAAAUAUGAAUCAAAAAAGAACUGAGUGAUGGAAAUACAGUACAUUAUGAAUGAUUUAAAGAGGUUGAACUUGUGGAGCAUCUUCAGAAAACGGUAAAUGAGACAGAACUAUGUUAGAGUGUUAAUUUCGUGGGGGUUUUAAAAUAUUUUUAAUGGCAUCUUUAUGAAAUUUCCAGGUUAGAGGAUUGAGAAUAACAGCAUUUGCAUAUAAGCAUUUGCAAUACUUUAAGACAAUUUCAGUUUUAUGGUGAGUUCGGAAAUACUUAUUUUUGCCGAUACACUUACUUACGGGUGAGAUUUGAUCCACAAAAAAAAAAGUUUGCAGGGGAGGGGGGCAUGAUCAGAAUUUUUAUUUUUUUUGCAAUCCAUCACUUUAACGCAAAAGAACUCAUCCAACAAAAUACACACUAAAGUGAGGAAGUUUGGAGGUUAUCUGGAGGUACCGUUAGGAUAAAUCCAAAAUGUUGUUUACAGAUGUUGAGGGAUGCAAAGUGUUAAGGAGAUCCAAAACCAAACCUAUACCCUCUAUUAAUGUAUAACACCCCAGUGUGACAUUCUCGAGUAUCUACGAAACCUCUUCACAGUUACUUUGAUCUUUUAUUUGUAGUCUUGUAAAACUUAAAAAGAAAAGAAAAGAGGUUCUGCCAGUUUAACUCCAUCUCUCAGAGCAGAUGGAUGAAGUCGGUUUAGCUAUUUCGGCCACGCUGAAAAGUACAUAACACAGUUUUAGUUUGCCUUGCACACUAAAAUCUAAACACAAAACUGAAAUGUAGAUGCACUCAAGUCAUUCGGUACUCUUUGAGAGAGGACGAGGAGGAGGGCAAGUUGUGCAGGAUGACUUGAACCGGACAGUUUUCAACUUUUGCAGUAAACGCUUAAAACAGAGAAGAAAAUGCACUGUUUCAUAACUUUAAGAGGCUUGGGACUGAACAUGUAAUAAGGAACAGACAAGAAAAAACACGCUCUGAAAUAAAACACACAAGGUUGUCAUUGUGCUGACAUGUUCACCGUGCUAUGACCUAAGUGAAUUGCUGAACUGAAAAUAGCACAAAACACGAUUACAGUUUAUCACUAUAGAAGUUUACAUAUUUCUAGUUAGAGCAGCAUUCGCAUCUGUGUAAAAUAAAAAUACACUUAAAUUAAGGAAGAGCUACAUUACUCGUGUCAAGCCAGUUCAUUCUUUUUUUUUUUUUACUUGAUGCUAGUAUCGGAACAGGAAAAAAAAGCAAAAUCCUUUAAUUGCAGUACUGUACUAAGAAAUAAUAGCUUUUAUAAUUCACAACAAACCACAUAGCUUGCAAAAAAACACACAAAAAAUACAACAAAAAAAAAUCAAGAGAAUGUAACUCAACCACUGACUUUUCUUUUUAGAACAUAUUUGAUUGCAUUUUGAAAUCCCCUCAUCCACCACAACCUCAUCAUUGUCAUAUUGGAGAAAAUAUUGUUAGUGCUUGAACACAGAGUAGAUUAGUACGCUUGAAGCUUGUCUUUGUCUUCUGGAUGUCAAAGCAAAGAUAUCCUUUUGUUAUAAACGAAAGCACUAUGCUGUUGGAUAAAGGAAGAGCCUUCUGACAUUAUAUAUAAAUGAUAUAUGUAUAUAUUAAAAAGGGGUACAAAAACCUUUUUUGGGGGCACUCUACCUUACCAACAAUAAAUUUUGCACUAUGGGACGUUCAUGGCGUGAGGAGGUAAAGUGUUUGUUUGUGUUUUUACCAAGCACAAGAGAGCUUGUACAGUAUAGGAUUAAAAAGAAAUAUUCAAGCUUCUGGUGAUAAACCAUAAACUAGAGAGGUUAUCACUUCUUUUUUGAUACCAUCACACUUUCCUGACUUUGUCUGAAGCGGGGGCCUGUCCAUACACUCACACACUUGUAUCCAAUCUGGAACCUGGACGUACUGUACCAGCGGCCUGAAAGGCCUCCAUGCCCAUUUUGGGUGAUAAGUCUUGUGUGUAAUAAGUGUCUGGAUCAACGAACAUAGAAUGCUUUAACUGGAAAUGGCCCGCCCAUCAUCUUUAAUCUGUUAACAUGUUAGAGAGACUACAUACUUUUGACUUAAAUAAUGUGUCGACUGUCUUGCAUAGACGUGUUUUUGCCUUUGUGUGUAUUUUAAGUGAAAGCACCCAUAUACGAAUGGGAGGAGUAUCCAGGGAUUGUUAGCCAAAGUAGAGGAUGACAUGUUGUGUGCUGUAACUGUUGUGAUCGCAGGAAUAUGCUAGAACAUUUCAAAGGGAGGAAAAAAGUGUGGUUUAGGGGCAGUGGUUGAAAAAAUUCAAAUGGUCAAUUUUCUAUUUAUUAAUAUUAAUUACAAUGCAUUUCAAAGUCUGUCUACCUCACUUCAGCCUUCUAAAAUCUUUGCUUUUGUUAAACAAAAAAAGGAAAAAUGUCAUCAAAUAAUCUGUGCAUACAUGUAACUCAUACGAAUCUCCCCCCAUCCCCUCCAAAAAUGUAGAUGAAAACCACAGGGUCCCCUUGCUCUCAGGUUCAGAGUGAGUUAUCGACAGAGUGACUGAUGGUAGCGGCUCUGGUAAUGUGUGGUCAAGAGAAAUAAUUAGCUGUGCCCGCGUCUGUGGCUUAACUAUGGUUAAAGCUGUUGAGAAGUUGCAUUUUGAAUUUUAGUGUUUGUAUACUGGUAUGUGUGAGAGUUUUUUCAUAUAAAUAUAUGAGAGUAAAAAAUCUCUAUGUAAAUACCUACCCAAAUGUUGACAUUUAUGAUGUUUUGGACAGGUUCACCGCUUCUAACGUUUUUUCUCACUUUUCCCCUUCAUUUCCCCGUUCUUUGUGUAGUUAAAAAAUAUCACCCCAAGUUUGUAGUUUAAUGGUUGUGCAUAUGAAUAACUGUUCAAUUAUUUUUUGUCUUUUGUUGUUUAUUUACUGUCAUUUUUCUUUUGUACAAUAAAUCAUUUAUUUAGCUUA